AUGACGGUCGUACACGUCCUUGACAACUACUAUAUGGGCAUCACUGCUAUCAUAACGGUCGCCUACCAACUGUUCUUCUUCGCCAUAGCUUUCACCUUGAAAUUCGACAAACUCACAGACUUUGCUGGAGGAACCAACUUUGCCCUCCUAGCCAUCCUAACCCUCUCCUUCAGCGGGCACCACCACGCCCGCCAAAUAGUAUCCUCCCUCUUCCUAAUAAUCUGGGCCCUCCGCCUUUCUGGCUUCCUCCUCUUCCGGAUCCUAAAAACAGGCAAAGAUGACCGCUUCGACGACAAACGCGACAAGUUUUUCCCAUUUCUCGGCUUUUGGGUCUUUCAGAUGUUUUGGGUCUGGACUGUUUCUCUGCCUGUCACGUUGAUCAACUGCCCCAAUGUCACGCAGUAUCGUCAGCAUGAUUUUGGUACCGGGAGGGAUAUUGCUGGUGUUGUUUUGUGGACUGUUGGGUUUGUUAUGGAGAGUGUGAGUGAUGUGCAAAAGUAUCGGUUUAGGAAGACGCAUAAUGGGUCGGAUGUUUGUGAUAAGGGCUUUUUUGCUUAUUCACGACAUCCGAACUACUUUGGAGAAAUCAUCAUGCAGUUUUCUAUUUACAUGAUUGCUGUAUCAUCUACCGCGGAUGGAUACGUUGGAGGCCAAGCAUACAAGGCCCUUUACGCCUCCAUACUCGGCCCCUUCUUUCUCACCAUCCUCCUCAUGUUCGUCUCCGGCCUGCCCCUCUCAGAACGUCCCAAGGCAAAGUCACGAUAUGAAAAGGGAAACAACUGGGACGGCUACAAGCGAUGGCUAGACCGUACCAGCAUCCUCAUCCCCUUCCCACCACAAUUGUACGAGAAGAUGCCCGUCUUUCUCAAGAGAACGCUGUUCUUGGAAUUCCCCAUUUAUGUAUUUGAUCCCGCCAAGCACUCGGAUGUGAGCAAGCCAGGUGGUGCGAAUGAAGAAAGCCGUGAAGGAAACAGACAAGGACGCAACGGGGAAAGCGUUGAUGGGUUGGUUUAA